UUGACCAAGUUUUUUAUCACGAACCGGUAGCGAUGCAUAGAGAUGGAAAUUAAAUUCAUGUUUUAAUAAUAAUUUGAAGCUUCCCUAAGCGCACUUACGUAAGCAUCCAGGGCCAACCCCGCCUCAACUUAUGUAACCGAACCAAUUCCACUCUCAUUUUUCCUAUUUCAAUUCUCACUAACAAAAUUAAUGAUGUAAUUCUCAUUUCCACGUUACAAGUAAAAGUUUAAGUAUGGACAAUAACUUUUCGAACAAAGGUUAGGUUGACCUUGCAAAUGGUAUUAUAAUACGUCCGGAUCAAACUAAAUGAAGAGCAGAUUUUGAUCGGGCUUAACGUGCAAAUAUCCGCCGAUACCAGAGGCACGUUCCCCUAUAAUUGAAUGCAAGGCGCUCGAUAAUCAAUAUCUCCCGAAACGGAGUUUUAACGUAUUUAUAACUCGAGCAGAUUUACAGAUAUUGUUUGCGGUCUUUGAAUAACUGCGGCGAGAGCAGAAUAUGGGGCGAAGAUUCAUACCCAAUAUCUGGAAGCAAUACAUGUUGAAGAGCCUUCAACCGUCGGUCAUCGGCGCGAGCCUUGUUCAAAAUGAGCGGAGGCCGACAGGAGCGGUGAUGGCAUGGACUGGGCAACGGGCAAUGCGAGCACCGCUGUCGGCAACUCGACGGAGCCGAUACCGCCCGAUCUCUACAAUUACUGGGCGUGGAGCAUCGUGGACGGGGCGCUCAUGGUGCUGAUCAUCAGUGGCAACACGCUCACCAUUUUGGCUGUCACCACGAGCCGGCGUCUGUCGUCGCUCGUGUCCAACCAGUUCGUGCUGAACCUUGCCGUGUCGGACCUCAUGGUGGGCCUCACGCUCCCCUACCAUCUCGUCUUUUAUCUAAACGACGACUUCGGCAAGAUCAAGUGGUCCUGCCUGAUGCGCUUCAUACUGAUAAUACUCGCAUGUCUAGCCUCCAUUUACAACAUCAUAGCUAUCGCCGUGGACAGGUACAUAGCCAUAGUGCACCCGUUGCACUACAGCCGCUACAUGACCAAGGCUGUGACGCGCCUACUCAUGAGUACGACAUGGUCCGUGGCGGUAUGCAUCAGCUGCGUGCCCGUCUUCUGGAACGACUGGGCAGACGGCGUUGCGUGCGAAAUGAACGUGGUGGUGCCGAAGACGUACACGACGAGCAUCCUGACGCCUAUGUUCUCGCUAAUUUGGAUUGCGAUGUUCGUGCUGUACUGGCGAAUCUGGCGCGAGGCUGCCUGCCACGCGCGCCGCCUGCGCGCAAACGCGUGCUGUCCCGGCGCCGCAAACGACUGGAAGAGCAUACAGGUGGUGCUGCUCGUGUUGGGAUCGUUCUCCGUGUGCUGGAUGCCAUUCGUGGUGGUAGCGUGCGCACAGACGCUGCCCGCGGUGCGUCUGCACAGUCCGGUCGCGUACCGGCUGACCUCCUCGCUGGCCAUGUCGAACUCGGGUGUCAACCCUCUCAUCUACGCGUGGAAGAACGCGGGCUUCAGGGCGGCCUUCGCCAGGCUGCUCAGGUGCAGACGGCCCGACGCGUCGGAGUAUCGAGGGUCGCCGGCCUUCGAGAGGAAAAGGGGCUCGGUAGCGCUUCGAGAAGGCUCCGUCAACGUUUCGACACCGCCGGCGAGCCGAACCGGCCGAAGGGCGCGCUUGCUGCUGCCGGUCGGAGACGCCGUCGCGACCCGUUGCCGCGUCAUCGAGAACGCGGGCUACGUGGACGGCGAGGGCUGCGAGCCCGCGCCCGUGCACGGGCCCGCGGACCUCUAGUGCACGAGUGAGGAACAAUAUGGGAAACGUGAAACGCUUCUAGCUCAUAGUGCGCUCGGUCGCGCUAGGUGUCCGAUAUCUGAGCUCAAUUUUCAACAUUUAAUAGAUUUUCGUCGUGAUUAAUAAAUCGCGGAAGAAUUUUGUUCAUAUUAGAAUAUUUAUUAUAAGAAUAAAGUGAUAACUUAGA